AUGAGGCUCGACGGUCAGACACGGUCGCUGACCAACUCCGCCACUGUCGAUCUCAAGCCCGGAUGGGAAAAACGGAGGCUUGGAGACCGCGGCGAAGUCUACGUGAAACUUAGUCACAUGGCCUCUCACGGUUUUGCCGUCAUCGAAAAUUAUACCGACUCAGUCGUCGCCCGGGUUACCAACGACCGCGUCGGCUGCGAAAAGUUUGCCAUCAGGACCCAUUACCUACCUUCUGGCAGCAGGGGGUGUAACAGCAUGACAACUGCUGCCAAAUAUCGACCAAUCGCCAGCUAA